CCCGCCUUGGCGGUGGCGAAGCCGGGGUCGGAGGACAAGCCCCUCUGCCGGAGAGCCAGGAAAGCCUGGAUAGGCGCGGGCCUCCUGGUCGCGACUGCAGCCACGGUGGUCGUCGUGGUGGUGGUGGUGGUGAAGGGGCUCCCGCGGCCGGAUCCCCCGGAGUGGAGCGCGCAGGGCAGCACCCCGCACCUCGCCGACAUCGUCCUGGGGCGCUGCUUCGGCUACACUCAGCUCCUGCGCCCCGAGCUGCGAGAUAAAGACUGCCAAAAGAUAUGGGAUGCAUUUAAAAAUGCAUUUAUUUCAAAGAGUCCUUGCAACAUUACAGAAGACGACUAUCAACCACUACUGAAGUUGGCAAAUCAAACCUUACCUUGCAACAAGACCCUCCUCUGGAGCAAAACGAAUGUGCUGGCCCAUCAGUACUCACGGGUCCAGGGGGACAUGCUCACCCUGGAGGACACGCUGCUGGGCUACCUUGCUGACGGUCUCAUGUGGUGUGGAGAUGCAAGCAGCUCUGAAAUAAACUACAAGUCUUGCCCAGACUGGAGAAAAGACUGCAGCAACAACCCCCAGUCAGUAUUCUGGAAAACAAUUUCCCAGAGUUUUGCAGAAGCUGCCUGUGGUAUGGUCCAUGUGAUGCUCAAUGGAUCCAUCAGUAAAGCCUUUGACAAAAACAGCAUUCUUGGAAGUGUGGAAAUCCUUCAUUUGAAUCCAGAGAAGGUUCAUACACUACAGGUCUGGGUGAUGCAUAGUGUUGGAGGAAUUUCCAGUGAUUCAUGCUCAGGUUCCUCAGUAAAUGAACUGAAAAUGAUAAUAAACAAAAGGAAUAUUGCAUUCGUCUGCCAGGAUGACUACAGACCUGCCAAGUUUGUUCAGUGUGUGAAGAAUCAUGAGCAUUCAUCUUGCAGAUCUGUCGUCUGAGCCAGUUGUCAUGGUUGUUUUCGAUCUUUGCUUGCUGUGCACAUCAACACGUGUGCCUCAGCAGACUGGACUCACUAGUGGAAAGCCGAAGAUCUUGGGGGGGUCCUCUGUCAUCAUGUCAACACCACAGAUGAAAGCCUUUCCUCCCAAAGUCUCAAAUAAAAAUUAUUUGAUUAAAUUAGAA